AUGAAGCACUCUUCAAAGGGGACUAGAGGUAUUACGGUGCAGUCACCUGCAGCGGUCGGCUGCUCUGCCAACCUGCUGUCCACUACAUGGAUGACCGCUCCUGGUCAGAAUGCUAUACCUGCACAGCGGAGCCCCCAUGGGUAAACGCUCACAGUUAAAGUGAACUCGGGAGUCCUACCAGGAGGCACAUGGGGGAAGGUGCGGCCCACCUGCCCACAUAAAUAAUAGACUACCCACUAUCCUAUACUCUGUCCUCACCACUGUUCUGCGUUCUCCUCCUGUGUUCUGUAAUGAGGGCAGACAUGUUUUUGUAUCCUGUCCAUGAUGCCUAAACAACUAGGGAUAUGCCAUUUCAUCAUCACAGUCAUUACCACAGCAGCUCAACCUACAUACCAGACCUCCCCAACGUCUAACUGUUAAGGGUGGUGUCCUCCCAUUUUACGAUCCCCUGAAUACUUCAACCGAGCCAAUAACACUGACCAACAUUCUUACUCAUUUUGUUUAACAGUUAUAGCCAGUUUAUCCUCAAGCCACAUCUGAGUGUGCAUCAACGGCACCACCCAUAGCAGACUGGACCGACAAGGACGCUUUAGCCAAUGAUAUCCACAAACACUUAUGAUAUACUCAGGAUCUCUGCUGGUGAUGUCAUCACAGUGGAACGCAGGCUAAACCCCACAUGUGGCUAGUGAAUAUUAGUACAACCUCAUGGAUUUAUAAUUCAUUGUGAUGAGAGAAUAUGGGAGCUCCCAUUUCAUAUGUUGGUUUUGAAUAAAGAGCAUGGGUUUGUCAACCAAAUUAUUUAUAUGGCAACAGACAGUCCUGUACAUGUAUCACCCACUGUCCUCAAAUGCUUUAAGCGAUACUUCUGGGACUCAUUAUUACUAAAGUAUGACAGCCAUUAUAUUGCUUAAGGAUUGCUUUGAUUAAAUAGCAUUCUUCAUUUUUCUCAAGAAAACAAUUCCACAGCUACGUAUUAAUGUUAUGGUGUCAAAAGCUUAACUCGUCCCACAAGGAUGACCUCCGAUCCCAUCAGGUCAAAGGUUAAUGGCUAGUAGAAUAAACAUCCACAGACUUGCCUGCCACCAUCUCUCUUUGUAAGCCUACCUCAUUAUAAAUUAGACACAUGUUAAAUUGUGCAAAUCCAAUGUCUCUCAGGCAGCAAAUGGUAGAGAAAACACUUGAAGUGAGUCUUGAUGUUUCCCUCAGAGAGUGCAGGUUCACUACACUAACUGCUAUUGUGACAUUGUGAUAGAAGGCUGUAAUGCUUACCCAGGCAUGACUCAUGUGUUUCCUGCUGGGGUCAUGAUGAGCAGACAGACACUGGAUCCCAUGGUAUGCACCAGAGGCUCGCCUCACCGUGGAUCAGCUGGGUGGCGGGGUCAUAUGACACACGCCUGCCGCGCUGUUUCCCCCAAAACAGUGGACUUAGUUAGGGCUUCCACCCACGGGAGGAAACAUGAGUCUCCAAUUCCUCCACUGAGAAAACAAUAGAGUUAAUGAUAAUAAUAACAGUUAUUUCACACGGGCCGCCUCAACCCACACCCCUCUGAACAAUUUGUUCCCCUUGUGGAAUGUUCCAGAGGGACAAUAUGGAUAGAAUCAGACUGUACCAAGAGCAUUGACUUUAGGGGGGAUUCCAGAUCCACAUUAAGCAGAGCUACAAUAAACCCUUCUGUAAACAGGCAUAAUUAGUAAGUGAGAGUCAGCACCUUUUGCUCCAGGAAAAACAGAAGCAGGAGCCCGCAGGCUUGUAAACUGAACUCUCCUUUCCCUCAAGCAUAAGAAAAAUAUAAAAUAAAACCCUUUCCAAGAAGGUCUUUAAAUCUCUCCCCUGCCUGCUUAUUCUGGAGGGAUGUAGGUAAGAGAGUGGUUUUGCCUGUGGUUUGGAGUAAAGCAUGGUUUUAAUUAGUUCUUAUAGUUACUCCUUCACCCCUGGUGACACGCCUGGCUUCCCUGUUCUCUGGCUGAGCUGCCGUUGAACAUCUUUAGUCCUGAUGAGCCGAAGGCUUGAGCUAACCUAAUAUCACCCUGAGCCCAAUGCGACGCUUGUCACGAUCGUCGGGAACAGAAGACCAAGGCGCAGCGUUGAAGGCGAACAUAGUUUUUAUUUAAUGAUUACACUAACAAAACAACAAACGAUAACGUGACGUCCUCGGUCUAACACAAACCACACUGGAACAAGAUCCCACAAACACUGUGGGAACACAGCCUGUCUAAAUAUGGUGCCCAAUCAGAGACAACCAGCAACAGCUGACACUCGUUGCCUCUGAUUGAGAACCACUCUGGCCAACAUAGACAUACAUGAACUAGAAAAACAAAGAACACUCACACCCUGGCUCAACAUACAAGCCUCCCCAGAGCCAGGGCGUGACAGUACCCCCCCCCCCCCCCCCCCCAAAGGCGCGGACUCCGACCGCGCCAACCAAAUACCACAGGGGAGGGACCGGGUGGGCACUCCGCCUUGGCGGCGGAUCCGGCUCCAGGCAUGAUCCCCACUCCCUCUCUAACCCCCCAAAGUACCCCUGGUCCGGUCUGGCCCUGCUGACCGGAGCUGGACUGCACACUGGUGGAGCGGAUUGUUCUAGCGCCGGCGUGAAGCAGCUGACCCGUGCCGAACCAGGCACCGGUGGAACAGGCACGGGCUGUGCCGGACUGACGACGCACACCACUGGCUUGGUGUGGGGAGCAGGAACGGGCCGGGCCGGGCUGACGAAACGCACCCCUGACUUGGUGCGGGGAGCAGGAGCGGGCCGGACCGGGCUGACGAAGCGCACCACUGACUUGGUGCGGGGAGCAGGAACGGGCCGAGCCGGGCUGACGAAGCGCACCACUGACUUGGUGCGGGGAGCAGGAGCGGGCCGAGCUGAGCUGACGAAACGCACCACUGACUUGGUGCGGGGAGCAGGAGCGGGCCGGACCGGGCUGACGAAGCGCACCCCUGACUUGGUGCGGGGAGCAGGAACGGGCCGAGCCGGGCUGACGAAGCGCACCACUGACUUGGUGCGGGGAGCAGGAGCAGGCCGAGCUGGGCUGACGAAACGCACCACUGACUUGGUGCGGGGAGCAGGAGCGGGCCGGACCGGGCUGACGAAACGCACCACUGACUUGGUGCGGGGAGCAGGAGCGGGCCGGACCGUACUGGGAACACACACCACUGGCCCUACGCUGGGAUCAGGAACAGGCCGGACCGGACUGGCAACACACCCCAGUACCUCUCGCCGUGCCUCUACAUCCUCUUUCCCCCUGGUGACCAGUGACUCCCGUAACCUGGCGGCCUCCUGCUGCCCCGUCGUCCACGGCGUGAGCCCCCCCCCUAAAAAUGUUCUGGGCGUCUCUCCUACCCGUGGACCAGGUCUCCAUGUCUCUCGCCAGACUUUCGCCCUUCUGCUUCCAGGUCCAGCCUCUCUCUUCCUCACACGGCUUGACCCAGUCGAGGAGGCGAAGGAGAUCCGCUAGAGAUCUCCCUGGCGAUGGCUCCUGGACACGCUGCUUGGUCCAGUCUUGGUGGGAUCUUCUGUCACGGUCGUCGGGAACAGAGGACCAAGGCGCAGCGUUGAAGGCGAACAUACUUUUUAUUUAAUGAUUACACUAACAAAACAACAAACAAUAACGUGACGUCCUCGGUCUAACACAAACCACACUGGAACAAGAUCCCACAAACACUGUGGGAACACAGCCUGUCUAAAUAUGGUUCCCAAUCAGAGACAACCAGCAACAGCUGACACUCGUUGCCUCUGAUUGAGAACCACUCUGGCCAACAUAGACAUACAUGAACUAGAAAAACAAAGAACACUCACACCCUGGCUCAACAUACAAGCCUCCCCAGAGCCAGGGCGUGACAAUGCUAUCUCCUAGGCUCUAAAGCUUUGGAGAUGUGAUGUUCUCCUUCUUUGUCGAGAGGUUCCCUUUAUUAAAUGCACGUUGGCUUAUUAGAGUUUGACAAGGGCCUUCGUAUUAGAUUUGAGUCUGGUGGAAACAAAGCAUAUUUUGUGUGUGUGUUCUUCAUUAGGCGCUGUGAGAUGAUGCUCAUGCCUAAAAUUAUACAUGAUUCACCAACCGACUGCUUUCUGCUUUUUUAACAAUAUCGCCUAACUUGAUUUAUCUACAUAUGAUUGGGGCGUAUGAUAUGAGGAUGCUUAUAGAGGUAUGUCAAGAUCAAUAGAGUGAAGAGGCGUGGGAAAUGGUACUUAUUCAUGUAAACAACUCUAUUUUUAUUCCAUACUGCAACAGCACUAAACACACAUCCAUGACCAGAAAGAGAGGGGGAGGGGAGGCACUGAAAAACAGCUUUCAUUCAGGAUAAAAGGGCCUCGACCUCAAAAGCAAUGUGCGAUACUAUUGAAUAGAAUAAUAGAAGUGACUUUAGCCUGGAGGCCUGAAGGAGAGCAUAGCCAACCUGUUUGUAGAUUAGCGAGAGAAGACAGAGGAAGAAGGGGAUAAAAAAGCCUGGAUGAACUUGCUCUCAACUCCUCCACUCCUGCCCCCUCUCAAUAGUGAUUGAAAAAGUGAUGAAUAUGCAUGAGUUUGGCAUAGACAGUGAAGGCCUUUGAUGGUUUGGGUGGAGAGCUCUCCCUCUCUGGAUGCUUAGAGACAGGGGAUGUUUACUUCAUCCUUCUAGCUUUAGGACAAUAAGGGCUUUUACAGUAGCUGGUCGGUCAGAGAGACAACCAAGUAAAUGGUUUUUCCACAGAUCUCUUUUGCUCACCAUGACUGUCCAGUGUUCAUAAAGUGGCUGGACUUGAGUGGAAAGUUGAAAGUUGUUUUGUGUGGUAUCUACUGCAUGCAUUGCAAAACGGAUGCAAUCACCUUUAUGCACUUGUUGUUUAGUCAGUGUUAGCUGACUUGGUAUAGUCCUACUGUAAAUGCUACAGAUUCCCCAUUAUUUCCCACCGUAACAUUUUCCCUCUGUUUGUUUUAUCCCCCAGACCUGCAGGCGUCCCAGACGGUGGAGUUCUACAGUCUGUCAGACAAGGCCAUGGACUACAGGAUCCUGUUGAUGGAUGAGGACCAGGACAGGAUGUAUGUAGGCUGUAAAGACCAUGUCCUGUCCAUGGACAUCAACAACAUCACCCAUGGGACACUCAAGGUGAGGUCCUCUUAGCAACAUGACUUCCAUUACUUUCCAUCCUAUUUAUCAGGCUCUCACUAAAGGAGACAAAAUGACGUUGAUCUCAUUUAGCUUUCCUUGCAUGUGACAGAUCAUGGCUGAAUACAUUAUGCUAAUUAUUCAAGAACAGUAAUGGUGGUAAUUAAAUUAUGAUAAAGUACAUUUUCUAUGCUAGAUCACACCCAUUUCAUGGAGCAAAAUGUAUGACAUAUAUCAGUGGUGUUUGAUGCAGUUAUGUGAUGCAGUAGCAGAAGUUCCCUGCUAAUUGUAUCUCUGUGUGCAGUGAGGGAGCUACCCUGUCUAUAACUGACAGGCGUGAAGAGGAGAACAGAUAGGAAUGCAUUUAGUUCACCCCAGAGAGUGCUGUAGCACAUCCAUUUGCAAAGUAAUUGCCUGAUACGUUCCCAGCAUUAGACCCUUCAAGCACCUCACAGGUUUGGAAAUAUAGCAUUUACUGGAGACAAGUUAUCAUCAUUAUUGGGAAGUUCACUACAGAGUAGGGCAUCCAUAUUAGGAAGUCACUACAGUGUGUGAAGUUUGUCAGUUUGCUUCAGAGUCUGUUUAUUUCUGUUCAAUAUGUUCUCAUCUCUUCCUUCCUUCUGCUCCCACAAGCUGUCCCUAGUUUCUGGGUAGUUUUUUCCCAGCUUUCCAAGAAGACCAGGAUGUGCAAUGGUCCCUAAUGAAGCUGUUUUCUGUGUUUCUCACCAGGUGUUUUGGCCUGCAUCUGUUAGCAAGAUUGAGGAAUGCCAAAUGGCUGGCAAGGACCCCACGGUAAGAACACUAACACUCAAUAUGUAGCACUAACCGCUAACUAAAUCCACUGAAAUGAACACACUGUACUGAAGUCUCUGGUCCUUUUCCAUGAGCAUGUGUUAGCAUGUUAGCAUCCUGGGUUCCAAACACGUGGGGCUGCAGAUGCGGAGUUGAGGAGAGCCAUUGACUCCUCCUGGCAUUCCUUAUGUUAGUCGAUAGGAGAAUGAGGUGUAGGAGUGCUCAAAUCCACCCCAGAGAAAAUAUACAAGCAUCAAAGCAGUACGCUAACCACUGUGACUGACAACAGAUCUCAUAACCUGGCCUGAUCCCUUACUGCACUGCUUGUCUGUUGUAUUAGCAUAUAGAACAUUGACAACCUCAAAACUCCCGAGUGGCGCAGAGGUCUAAGGCUCUGCAUCUCAGUGCUAGAGGUGUCACUACAGACCCUGGUUCGAUUCCAGGCUGUAUCACAAUCCGGCCGUGAUUGGGAGUCCCAUAGGGUGGUGCACAGUUGGCUGGGGUAGGCUGUCAUUGUAAAUAAGAAUUUGUUCUUAACUGACUUGCCUAGUUAAAUAAAUAAAAAAAUAAAUAAAACAACAGCAGCUGGUGAUUCAGUUUUCUGUAACUAAUUAGGCUGUUUUGCAUGUUAGGACAACAUUUCUGUAAUUCAUCUGUUUAGACUGUUUUUGUUCCAUUGUUUUUAUUGGACUGUGUUGGCCUGUUUUUAUAUGGACUGUGACUUCAAAGGCAUGCAUGUGGUGUACUGUUAUGGAGCUAGUAGCUGUAGUUAGUAACAACAGCAACCAUGGCAGAGAGCUGUGGUCUUGUACAGUACUAUAGUGUAGGAUCAUAGUCUGGUGCUGUAGGAGUAGAGAAGAAGCUGUUUCCAGUCAGUGGAGGGUGAUUAGUGCUGCCUAGAGUAAUGGCUCCAGCUCUGUGGACAGCCUCGCACAAAUAUUUGGCUGAGCCGUCUCUGUCCCUGGUGGUCGGCUUACCUCCCUCCUCCUCUCCUCCUCCUCGACUCUGUCAUCCCUCUCUUCCACAGCCCUGCCUGGUCUCCCUCUCUUCCACAGCCCUGCCUGGUCUCUCUCUUGCAGUUUCAGCCUCUCCCCUCUCUCUCGCUCUACUCGUACUGUCUCGCUCUACUCUACCCCUCACUCACUCUUUCUUUCUUUCGCUCUCUCUGUUUAAACUCUGUUUUUAUAAUGCCGUUUCUCCUGGACAUUUUAUUUGUGUUCCUGAAUCGCAGCCCUUGUCAGUUUGUUAUGGUUACCCUCCUGAUGUGUAUAUAUUCAAUUCCUCCUUUAGGAUAGAAUCUGGGGUCACCGGGCCUCCAGACUACGACCACACAUUGUUAAGCACUCCUCCAGUGCUUAACAAUGUGUGGCAUUUGGGGAGGAAUAUUCCUUUAUUGUAUGUAUAAAAGCUUGAGAUUGAUUAAAUCCAUGUUUAAAAGUUCCCUCACUGUGUGAUCCUCUCUUAAAGGCCAUCCUCCUGGUUUUUAAAUCCCCUACUACAGUUGCUCUGGCUUGUCUAUAAAGGUGGCCUGUGGCUGGAUAGUUAACACAAGCAAGCCCUGGGACAUGAUAUUAGUUCAUAUGUAAAUUGGAUAUGAGCAGACAGUUGGGGGCGUAGAGUUGGAGGGUGUCGUCUGAGGGGUGUUUAUAUGCUAGGAGGAGAGAAAGCAGGAAUGAAAGAGAAAGUGAAAAGGCGAGAGAGGGAAUGAAGGGUGUGUAUUGUUGGACGUAUCGUUGUUUUUUUCGGUGGAGUUGGUGUGCGGAGUGUGAGCGGCCGCAGCUGCCCCGUUUCCGUGGGGAUGGCCAAGUUCCUAAUGGCUCCCCGGGUGCUCCUCGCUCCUCUCCUCAGCUGGCUCGCUCCGCAGUCUGAGUUUUUAUUACGCACAAAGCCCAGUGCUCCGGCCACUCCCACCUCGUGCUGAAGAGGGAAAGAUCUCGAUUGGAUCUGUAAUCAGAUCACUGGGCUGUGUAUACUCAGCCCUGGAGACGGGGCUUUGACAAAAUAUCAAUUUCACUGUUGACACGCUUUUUUCCACUCCAGUGCCAGGGAGCAAACUGGAAAUAGCUAUUCUGAUUGUGCUUCAUGACAGUAUAUAAGUAGCAAGUGAGGAAAGUUGGAAUAACAUUGGUAGCUAACCAGUUGGAACUGUGUAAUUGUUCUUUAUGAAUCAUAGGCCCUGACCAAUCAAAACUUGGCCACUUAACUUGACCAUUCUCAACAAUUGCAGUCUGGAAGGAUUUUGCUGUUGAACAUGCAAUAUUGCAUGAUAGAUUGAUUUGACUGAUGUAUGGAUACUUUGGUGACUUCAUACAUGUACUAACCAAUUUCCUCACCACCCCUCUGCAGCAUGGAUGUGGGAACUUUAUCCGGGUGGUCCAGCCGUUCAACAGAACGCAUCUGUUCAUCUGUGGGAGUGGUGCCUACAGUCCUGUCUGUGCCUUCAUCAACAGGGGCAGGAGACCAGAGGUUAGUCUGCUCCUUGACCUAUAGUCAGAUCAUGACCACAAUGCUAGACUUCACCUACAGUACAGUCUCUACCACCAUAUUCUCAUACAAAUGGACAUUCCUGUGGAUAUGUGGUUAUUGCUGAAACUAAAGCUUGGUAAGUUUACGGCUGGGCGUCUGCUUCUGAAACCAAACUACAGGAUUUGUAAUGUUUCAUCUGGGGCAAGAGGAAGUCUGUCUCGAUCCAAGACAUCCUCAGGAAAGCAGCCAUGACAGUUGAGGUUAGCCUUGUGUGUCAGUCUCUCUGAGACAGAGAAGAGAGGGAUGGAGUAGAAGAGGAGGAGCUGUCUGCCCCGGUCUCUGGUCACCCGGCCCUGGAAACGAGAGCGGGAAACCCCUCCAGGAGAAAAGCGCUCACUGAACUCACUGGCAGUUGCAGCAGUCUGCAGCGCCUGCCAAACGCUAAUCGGCACAGAGCUCUUUCUGCAGUAUGGUGUCUUUGUCAUUAAAGCAGCAUUGCUCUGUUUUUCCCCUCAGCCAAUGCUUGGAUGUGUCAGUAUCGUGUCUCAGACUGGGUCUGCUAACCGUAACAAGCUGCUAUUGUGGGACUUUGACACGCAACUCCCUGGGCUCUUUGGCCCCUAAGCGUGUGUCACGUUGCAUGGGAGCCUAGUGAGGAGGAUGUCACAGUGUCACAGACAGGUCACCCUUGUGUGAGUGUGUUGCCGUUCAGACCCUGUGAUGAAUGGCCACGGUUCGCCGCCAGAGCCAAAGGGAAUGAGGCAGAGUCCAAAUCUUCACGCACCACUUGGAGAGCAGCCGCGCUUUUCUGGAGAACGUCCCUGGGCUGAUGGCGCCUCCUUCCCCUUUAUUCCCCCAGUCAGAGCUGUCGAAGUGUGGGUUGAACCAAACCGGGGGAUGGGACGGGGGGAUUUUCCCGCUGACCGCAGAGAUUGUAAUGCCGGAUGAUCCAUUUCACUGUGAGGGGUGGCAGAGGGCCAGGUCUGAGAUGGAAUCACAGCAUCUCUGCCCAUCGGAGGACAUUCCUCCCUAAUGGAAGGUUAUUUUAAUGUCGCGUACAGACCAGUAAAGGUAAAGCCCAGCGCUGGCUUUGUAACUCUUUAAACCAGAGGGAAAAAACCUUAAGAACAUUUGGAAUGCUCAUAAUCUCAUAUUUGUUGCUAAAAAGAGCGGAGGGUAGAAUUCCGCCAAAUUCCCAUAUAAAAUCUGUUAUUUACAUUUUAUUUUCCUGCAGGAGCAGGUGUUCCACAUUGACUCCAGAGCGGAAUCUGGGAAGGGAAGGUGCUCCUUCAAUCCUAGAGUCAACACCGUCUCCGUCAUGCUUAGUAAGUUCUCUCUCCCUCUGUUGGCUCUAUGUAUGUCCCUGCAGCACGCAUCAUACAAAAACACAACCCGCUAUACUUCUCCACCCUAUGGUUAACCAAACUCCCAACCCCACCUAUCGGUGACCCUGCCGUGGGUCGGGCUGCACACCCUCGUCGCACGCACAGCACGCCUUUCUGACACCCAAGCGCCGUGGUGUCAGCAGCCUUACCCAUCAUCAGCCCCUCAAGCCCAGCCCGGGAAAUCUGGUAACAAGGGGAGGGUUGGCAGAGAGGAGGGGUAGUGGUGGCAGAGAGGAGGGUUAGUGGUACCAGAGAGGGGGACUCUGAGUCACACUAGGGGACAAUCAGGCCUGUGUCUGGGCUAGAUAAAAGGCUCUAUCUCCAUACUGAACCCCUCAUAUAAGCCAGUGCUGUCUGGGGGAUGUUGACACCACUGCUCCACUCAGAACAGUCAACCACACUACAUACACAUACACACACUCACACUUGGACCUGAGCCAUACCGCCAGAGUACAGGCUGCUGCAUGCUGGGCUGAUGGAAUGAUGAAGUGAUAGAGUAAUGGAAUGAUGAAAUGCACAGAGGGUAUGGAGAGAGGAAAGAAAGAGGGAGGGAGAGAGCUCACAGCCGGGGUCAUUAGCAGAGUACAGGGAGAUCAAACACUAUGGCUGUAUAUCCACUGUUGGCUCCAUUACUGUUUACUGUCACCAUUCCCUCUCUACAGUGAUGUCCUGUCUCUGGUAGAUCAAUCCAUCACCAUUGAAUUCACUAUUGAAUAUGAACCCAUAAUUUCCAUUGCUGUCAAUGGUAAUGGACACAGGCACAUAUUUGUUCCAUUGGCUGUUAAUAGUCAGGGAUUGAUAUUGUCUUGCCAAGUCUUUAGGGUCAGGGGCUUGUGGGGUGGGGGGAAGUGUUCUGUUUGGUCAGAUGGGAGUGAGAUGGUUCAGCUGUGAGCCAGGGUUGUGUUCAUUUGUGGCACACCAUAGCAAAACUUUUCGCAAUGGAAAAUGAAAACAAGCUUUUCUUAGUGGACAAGUUCAGGUAGUACCUACCCUGUUUCACUUCGUUUUCUUCCAUGUUGUGCCUUAAUGAACACAGCCCUGUAAUGCGUCUCUGUUGUGCUCCAGACCAGGAGCUGUUCUCAGGCAUGUACAUAGACUUCAUGGGGACGGACGCUGCCAUCUUCAGGAGCCUCACCAGGAGGAACGCAGUGAGGACAGACCAGCACAACUCCAAGUGGCUGAGUGGUGAGCACAUACAGCAGAAACAUAUGAAGUACAUACAGUGGGGGAAAAAAGUAUUUAGUCAGCCACCAAUUGUGCAAGUUCUCCCACUUAAAAAGAUGAGAGAGGCCUGUAAUUUUCAUCAUAGGUACACGUCAACUAUGACAGACAAAUUGAGAUUUUUUUUCUCCAGAAAAUCACAUUGUAGGAUUUUUAAUUAAUUUAUUUGCAAAUUAUGGUGGAAAAUAAGUAUUUGGUCUUCUUUAAGAGGCUCCUCCGUCCUCCACUCGUUACCUGUAUUAAUGGCACCUGUUUGAACUUGUUAUCAGUAUAAAAGACACCUGUCCACAACCUCAAACAGUCACACUCCAAACUCCACUAUGGCCAAGACCAAAGAGCUGUCAAAGGACACCAGAAACAAAAUUGUAGACCUGCACCAGGCUGGGAAGACUGAAUCUGCAAUAGGUAAGCAGCUUGGUUUGAAGAAAUCAACUGUGGGAGCAAUUAUUAGGAAAUGGAAGACAUACAAGACUACUGAUAAUCUCCCUCGAUCUGGGGCUCCACGCAAGAUCUCACCCCGUGGGGUCAAAAUGAUCACAAGAACGGUGAGCAAAAAUCCCAGAACCACACGAGGGGACCUAGUGAAUGACCUGCAGAGAGCUGGGACCAAAGUAACAAAGCCUACCAUCAGUAACACACUACGCCGCCAGGGACUCAAAUCCUGCAGUGCGAGACGUGUCCCCCUGCUUAAGCCAGUACAUGUCCAGGCCCGUCUGAAGUUUGCUAGAGUGCAUUUGGAUGAUCCAGAAGAGGAUUGGGAGAAUGUCAUAUGGUCAGAUGAAACCAAAAUAUAACUUUUUGGUAAAAACUCAACUCGUCGUGUUUGGAGGACAAAGAAUGCUGAGUUGCAUCCAAAGAACACCAUACCUACUGUGAAGCAUGGGGGUGGAAACAUCAUGCUUUGGGGCUGUUUUUCUGCAAAGGGACCAGGACGACUGAUCCGUGUAAAGGAAAGAAUGAAUGGGGCCAUGUAUCGUGAGAUUUUGAGUAAAAACCUCCUUCCAUCAGCAAGGGCAUUGAAGAUGAAACGUGGCUGGGUCUUUCAGCAUGACAAUGAUCCCAAACACACCGCCCGGGCAACGAAGGAGUGGCUUCGUAAGAAGCAUUUCAAGGUCCUGGAGUGGCCUAGCCAGUCUCCAGAUCUCAACCCCAUAGAAAAUCUUUGGAGGGAGUUGAAAGUCCGUGUUGCCCAGCGACAGCCCCCAAAACAUCACUGCUCUAGAGGAGAUCUGCAUGGAGGAAUGGGCCAAAAUACCAGCAACAGUGUGUGAAAACCUUGUGAAGACUUACAGAAAACGUUUGACCUGUGUCAUUGCCAACAAAGGGUAUAUAACAAAGUAUUGAGAAACUUUUGUUAUUGACCAAAUACUUAUUUUCCACCAUAAUUUGCAAAUAAAUUCAUUAAAUAUCCUACAAUGUGAUUUUCCUGGAUUCAAAAUUAUCAUUUUGUCUGUCAUAGUUGACGUGUACCUACGAUGAAAAUUACAGGCCUCUCUCAUCUUUUUAAGUGGGAGAACUUGCACAAUUGGUGGCUGACUAAAUACUUUUUUUCCCCACUGUAUACUCUACACCAGAGGUCUCCAACUGUGACCCUGAAGAGCUACUGGUUGGGCAGGCUUUUGUUCCAGCCCUGCACGAACACAUCUGUGUUAGUUGGAGACCCCCAUUUAGUUCAUCAAAUGUACUUCAACUACUUUGAUACUGGUGCUGCAUGUAAGGAAGAUGUUGAGACAUUGGACAGAAUAUGUUAUGCUAUAUCAUUUUAGCCUGUUUAUUUAUUUUCCAUAGAACCCAUCUUCAUAGAUGCCCAGUUAAUCCCAGAUGGAUCGGAUAUCAACGAUGCUAAACUGUAUUUCUUCUUCCGGGAGAGACUGACGGACAACAGUGGGAAUACCAAGAACAUCCACACCAUGGUGGCUAGAGUGUGUCCUGUAAGUGUGUGUUCAGGAAGUGUGUGUGUCCAGGAAGUAUGUGCGUGUCUGCAUUGCAUAUGUGUGCAUGCAUGAGACAUUAACAUGCAUCUCUUUCGAUGUCUACAGAAUGACAUAGGUGGCCAGCGUAGCCUGGUGAACAAGUGGACCACGUUCCUGAAGGCCCGGAUGGUGUGUUCAGUUCUGGAGGAGGACGGCACCGAGACACACUUUGACGAGCUCGGUGAGGAAUACGCCAACACCUACUUACUGUAUUUACCAAGGCCUGGAACAUUCUAUUCCAACCCAAACCGCUUCUCCUGUUUACCUAGAACUAAACAUCUCCCUGGCCAGUCUCUACAAAUACCAAUGUAUCUCAGAUUCUCAGGUGUUUUCGAUUGCUUUUGAUUAUAAACAGCAUCUUUACACACAUUUCUUGACCUGCUCCUCAGUAUUGAAAAAACUCAUGGUAGCACUUUAUUUGGAUAGUCCAUCUGUGGAUGCUACUAUCUACAGACUAUUAGUAACAUUUCAACUAACUAUCUACUAACCAUAGCCCUAACCUGAACCCUAACCCUUAUUCUAAACCUAACCCUAACAAGCAGUUGCUUAGUAACAGAUAGUUUGUUGAUAGUAUGAUAAUCCGAAAUAUCCAAAUAAAUAGUGACCCAAUUCAUCCCUUGGUAUUAUUUUAGUCUUCUGUGAGUCUAUGGAGGUCUAUCAACACGGACAUUCAUUAAAUUCCUCUCCACUUCAGACUCAUCCAUUACGGGAAUAUUAAACGAUAAGGUGCAUGAUUAACGUUGACUCCAUAACACAACGUUGUGUUUUCCCUUCCAGAGAGUGUGUUUUUGCUGGAAACCGAUCACCCCAAGAGCCUCCUGGUGUUCGGCGUCUUCACGUCCACAAGGUGAGGCCAACGGUAAUAUUGCUCAAGCAUUAGUGACUAUGCUGACUGGCAUGGCAGCACCGGAUAUCACAGGACAUGACAGUAGCUCCUGGAUAGAGACCUCCAGUAUCACCUUAUUGUAGCAUACUCUAGUGAUCUGCAUAUAGCACCAGAUGAGGCUGGUGGGAGGAGCUAUAGGAGGAUGGGCUCAUUGUAAUGGCUGAAAUGGAAUAAAUGGAACGGAGUCAUACAUGUGGUUUCCAUAUUUAUUUCCAUUUACAUUUUAGUCAUUUAGCAGACGCUCUUAUCCAGAGCGAUUUACAGGAGCAAUUAGGUUUAAGUGCCUUGCUCAAGGGCACAUCAACAGAUUUUUCACCUAGUCGACUCGGGGAUUAGAACCAGCGACCUUUCGGUUACUGGCACAACGCUCUUAACCACUAAGCUACCUGCCGCAUAUGUUUGAUGCGUUUGAUACUGUUCCAUUUAUUCCAUUCCAGCCAUUACAAUGACCCCGUCCUCCUAUAGCUCCUCCCACCAGCCUCCUCUGGUACUACAGUAUUUGGCUCAUUGACUUAACUUUACCAUACCGUUCGCAUUACAUUUCCUGAUGUACUAGCAAUACAGUUAGUGAGCUCUGUUUCCUUCCACAAUGUUGACAGCAAGUUCAUUAUGCAUGCGUAUCACCAUGUAGUACCCUGUUGGUUGCUAAGGUCUACUAUUACUGUAUGUGGUAACCCAGACACUGUGUUCAAUUAACUUCAGUCAACUUUAUUUAUCCUCAAGGGCUUUUGCAGGAUGGCUACACGUGCCUGUUACCGUGUACUCACUGGUUUGCAUCCACUAGGAACUAAACGGAAGCAAACACGCAGAAACAGGAAGGGAACUAUCAAUAAGAAACACUUGUUCUUUUUUACAUUACAAAACGUUUUGCUACGGUGUGCACUAAUGAAUACAAUCCUGGUUUCUUCAAUCAUCAAGGCUAAUUGGGCAGCAUCUAGAUCAGGGUUACUCAACCUUCUGGCUAUUGUAACCAUGUACAGUGACCCUUCCAUAAAUCCCCAUGAUCCACUUGUAACCUAAGGAAACACUUGUAACCCAAGGAAACACUUGUAACCCAAGGAAACACUUGUAACCCAAGGAAACACUUGUAACCCAAGGAGCAGAUCAAGAGUAGAUUAGCUUGACUCUCUGGCUGCGUCUCAAAUGGCAUCGCAUUACCUUUAUAGUGCACAUCGUUUGAGCCGGCCCAUAGGGCUCUGGUCUAAAGUAGUGCACUAAAUAGGCAGUAGGGUGACUUUUGGGAUUCAUAUUCUCUCUAUAGCCAACACAAACAGUCUGUAGUCUCCAUGCAACGUUGUCAUUCUUAUCAGCACAAUGUGUUUCUACCUCUCGCUCCUUCAGGCCUUCUCCUCUGUUUCCCUCACUGAACAAAGGCUCUCUCUGUAUUACUUAUGGUCAUGUGGUUUUUAGGUCCGGUCCAAACCACAUCAUAUCCUCAUAUCCUUCUGGGAAUGGAGCAAGAAUGGGGGAAGAGGGGCAAGUUGGGGUAGGGCAGACUAAGGUGGCAGUAAGCUUCACCCGGAUUGGAUGGCUUGGAUAUCCUAUGAACAGCAAGGUUUAAAGGACUGUGAUUUUUUAACUGGGUGGAUCUGGGGGCUUCCUGGAUGUCAGUUCUCCACAUCACACUGACCGCCGGAAUGUGUUUGUGUCGUUUCCCACAGCUCGGUGUUCAAGGGCUCGGCCGUGUGUGUCUACAACAUGGCGGACAUCUUGACAGUCUUCAACGGCCCGUUCGCACACAGGGAUGGGCCAAACUUUCAGUGGGUGGCGUACCAGGGACGGAUCCCCUACCCCCGGCCUGGAACAGUGAGUUUAGGGUCUAAUAUCCGUAUUGAAAUCAAAAUAAGACAAUUGCUCCAAUGCAAUGUACAGUUCCUUGUUGUUCUCCUGUAUCUACAAGUAUUGGUCUUCACAAAGUUUGCUGCUUCAGUGUUUUUAGAUAUUUUUGUCAGAUGUUACUAUGGUAUACUGAAGUAUAAUUACAAGCAUUCCAUAAGUGUCAAAGGCUUUUAUUGACAAUUACAUUACGUUUAUGCAAAGAGUCAAUAUUUGUGUUGACCCUUCUUUUUCAAGACCUCUGCAAUCCACCCUGGCAUGCUGUCAAUUAACUUCUGGGCCACAUCCUGACUGAUGGCAGCCCAUUCUUGCAUAAUCCAAUGCUUGGAGUUUGUCAGAAUUUGUGGGUUUUUGUUUGUCCACCCGCCUCUUGAGGAUUGACCACAAGUUCUCAAUGGGAUUAAGGUCUGGGGAGUUUCCUGGCCAUGGACCCAAAAUGUCGAUGUUUUGUUCCCCGAGCCACUUAGUUAUCACUUUUGCCUUAAGGCAAGGUGCUCCAUCAUGCUGGAAAAGGCAUUGGUCGUCACCAAGCUGUUCUUAGAUGGUUGGGAGAAGUUGCUCUCGGAGGAUGUGUUGGUACCAUUCUUUAUUCAUGGCUGUGUUCUUAGGCAAAAUUGUGAGUGAGCCCACUCCCUUGGCUGAGAAGCAACCCCACACAUGAAUGGUCUCAGGAUGCUUUACUGUUGGCAUGACACAGGACUGAUAGUAGCGAUCACCUUGUCUUCUCUGGACAAGCUUUUUUUUCCGGAUGCCCCAAACAAUCGGAAAGGGGAUUCAUCAGAGAAAAUGACUUUACCCCAGUCCUCAGCAGUCCAAUCCCUGUACCUUUUGCAGAAUAUCAGUCUGUCCCUGAUGUUUUUCCUGGAGAGAAGUGGCUUCCUUGCUGCCCUUCUUGACACCAGGCCAUCCUCCAAAAGUCUUUGCCUCACUGUGUGUGCAGAUGCACUCACACCUGCCUGCUGCCAUUCCUGAGCAAGCUCUGCACUGGUGGUGCCCCGAUCCCGCAGCUGAAUCAACUUUAUGAGACGGUCCUGGCGCUUGCUGGACUUUCUUGGGCGCCCUGAAGCCUUCUUCACAACAAUUGAACCUCUCUCCUUGAAGUUCUUGAUGAUCCGAUAAAUUGUUGAUUUAGGUGUAAUCUUACUAGCAGCAAUAUCCUUGCCUGUGAAGCCCUUUUUGUGCAAAGCAAUGAUGACGGCACGUGUUUCCUUGCAGGUAACCAUGGUUAACAGAGGAAGAACAAUGAUUUCAAGCACCACCCUCCUUUUAAAGCUUCCAGUCUGUUAUUCUAACUCAAUCAGCAUGACAGAGUGAUCUCCAGCCUUGUCCUCGUUAACACUCUCACCUGUGUUAACGAGAGAAUCACUGACAUGAUGUCAGCUGGUCGUUUUGUGGCAGGGCUGAAAUGCAGUGGAAAUGUUUUUGGGGGAUUAAGUUCAUUUUCAUGGAAAAGAGGGACUUUGCAAUUAAUUGCAAUUCAUCUGAUCACUCUUCAUAACAUUCUGGAGUAUAUGCAAAUUGCCAUCAUAAAAACUGAGGCAGUAGACUUUGUGAAAAUUAAUAUUUGGGUCAUUCUCAAAACUUUUGACCACGACUAUCAGUGUCUAUCAGUGGAGGAAAUGAGGUCAGAGAAACAUUAUGCAAUGAGGAUGAGGACAGUGUCAGCAGAGUUCAGGGUCAGGGGUUGGCUUUUCCUUUAUGUACCUUUGUCACAGAGCUGAGUGGUAGGGAUUUAUUCACCUUUAUAACAAAUCUCUCUCUCUUCUUCUCUCCUUCUCCCUUUGCCUCCCUCGCUCCCUCCAGUGUCCAGGCGGAGCCUUCACCCCUUACAUUCAGAGCACCAAGGAGUUCCCUGACGACGUGGUGACGUUUGUCAGGAACCACCCGGUCAUGUUCAAUCCUAUCUACCCCGUGGGUAGGAGGCCCCUGGUGGUCAGAACGCAUGCUGACUACAAGUACACCUCCAUCGCUGUGGACCAGGUGACCGCCGCAGACGGGCACUACCAGGUCCUCUUCCUGGGCACAGGUUUGUACUCAAUAAUACAUCUUUAUUGUUCCAUUAGAGACAACUAGCACCCAGUCCCACCACACAACAUACACACACCACAGGCUGGGAGCAGCACAGGGCCAAGCCUGUACGUUGCCUACAUCAGCACCUAACUAGCUGUUCAGGAUGCCUGUUCAGGAUCUCUCCUUCAGACUAACAUUCUCAUAUUCCUCGUCUCGCCACUUGUGUUCAACAACCAUCAGAGAUACGCUUUAAAGAGCUCUGACUAAUGCGGUGGGUUACAUGAGUGGGAUGCUAAGUAUAGAGCGUGACAUCGUCAAUGAUAGAGCAUCCAUGUGCGCUACAGUUGCUAAUAGACCUCCAGCCCCCAACAUGACAGCCUAAACAGCCUGUUCUCUCUGUCACCAGGGGGUGGCGUUACCACAAUGCCCUCACCAUAAUGCCCUCAUUAUACAUAAACCACUUAAUUCCAUUAUAUUCUAUGUUGUAAUGAUCCAUCUCUGCUCUCUCGUGCCAUAACGCCGGCGUUUCAUAAGCAAAUGAUUAUAGAGGGGAUAUGAACUCUGGUCGUGCUGGGAUACAAGAUAAGUAGUCUGUCUCGCUCUUCAGUGAAUAGAACAAUAGACUACACUGUAACGAGCUGCAACAGAGACAAAUAGACGUCCAGGAGGGAGAUGCAGCCCACUGGGUGAGGUAGAGGUAGAAGAGGAAUAGUACAGGUCUGAGUGUGGAGCUGGCUGUAAGUCCUGCAUCCCAGGGAGCCUCUCUCCUUUCUCUCACACAGCUGUUUAUGUUUAUCAGCCUCCCAGUCCUCCAGGAUUCCUGAAGACAUGCCAGUAAUAUCAGACUGCAGGGCGGAGAGGCGGGGUCUUUGUUUCAGGGAUGUGGAGAGUUUUUUUUAUCAGGGAUUUCCAGGAGAUCUUGCUGUAACUCUCCUCCCUCUGCUCGCUAGCUAACUCCUGGACAAACAGAGUUCCUCCCCUUUCCAUGGCCUCUGUCUGUUCUCCUCUCUGUGGGUUCUAAAGCUCACACACCCACAACUGACUUUACUGUGGAUGCCGGUCACAGCAGUCAUGUUUCAUUCAAACCCAAAUAUGUGCGAGGAGAAUAAAGAGCCAGAGCUGUGUUCAUUUACUUUUUCAUUCUAAUUUCACUAGCCACUCUAAUUUGGGUCUGUGGUGAGGUUGGUGUGUGUAGGGGUCAGUGCCUGUGAACUGGUUGUCUAAUGACUGUCUCCAUUCUCUGACAUGUAUAUGGAACUGAUAGAUGCACACACAUACUAAAUUACAUGUUUUUAAAUGUAUGUCAAUUGUAAAGUAUUUUGUCUGUAAUGUAUUUUUCGUUAUGUGUCGGACCCCAGUAAGACUAGCUGUCAACAUUGGCAUCGGCUAAUGGGGAUCCUAGUAAAUCUAAUCAAAAUCUGUCUGUGUGUGUGUGACCCGUGUCCCCUCAGACAAAGGGACAGUGCAAAAGGUCAUCGCUCUCCCCACAAACCGCUCCCUGGACCAGGAUCUGAUACUAGAGGAGCUGGAAGUGUUUAAGGUUUGAACUCUCUCUCUCUCUCUCCUCUCUCUCUCUCUCUCUCUCUCACACUCACACUCACACUCACACGACAGACAUCAAAGGCAGACAGACUAGGGGCUCUUGGCUUCUUCAGAAAGGGUUGCAGACUGUACUCCUAAGGAAGGGGCAUUCAGGAGAGUGAUGACCCGGGCACUAGACCACCACACAAGACUAAUGGGAAGCAUAUGGACAUUAGAGGGCAAUGCCAGUCACCCAUACCAACUCUCACACGCGCUGUUUUAUCUUAGCCUGAUAAACAAAGCAAGUCAUCCGUGUGAUCAAGGCCCAACCAAGCUUUAAUCUCUCUCUGCACCUGGACUACAUCGGUCUCCCAGUCUCCCACUAGUGUGGUUUGAUGUGUCAUAGAGAUCUCGCAUAGUGUUCCUACUAGUGCUGCGCAGUGGAAGAUUGUGUGGUAUUCAAUAGGAUGUUAGAUGACCGGAGUGUGAGAUGUGAGAGUGUUGAUAAAAAGAUCCCUCCACAGAAUGUAAAGGACCAAAAAGGAAUUGCCUAAGAUUUACGGUGUGCAACAAGAACUAGCUCAAACACACCUACAGUCUUAUGUAAUAUGAUAAGAUAAGAACGCUAUAUAGUCCAUUACAUUUAUGACAUAGGGUCACAGCAUUUGUUACAUAAGAUUGUUGACAUUUUGCCAUCUUUCUCUCUUUUCCAGAACCAAGCUCCAGUGACAAACUUGAGAAUAUCUUCCAAAAAAGUAAGUAUAUGCAGUGCUUAAUGCAUAUCAAUAUUGUUUCAAAAUGUUUCUGAUUAGCUCAUUGCUAUUGCCUAGUGCAAUAGUUUAUUUUCUGCAUUAAAAUUGUGACUCAGUCGGAAAGCCAACUAAUAAGCCAUAAUUGUCCGUGAGCUUAACUUAAUUAAGUCACUCGUCCACUUAUUAAAACAAACAGUGUGGUUGACAUUUGAACUGUUUUGCCUUGCAGCAACAGCUGUACGUAAGCUCCGAGCAUGGCAUGUCCCAAGUGUCUCUGCACCGUUGCCAUGCCUACGGCUCAGCCUGCGCCGACUGCUGCCUGGCCAGAGACCCCUACUGUGCUUGGGAUGGCCUGAGCUGCUCCCGCUUCUACCCCACCGGCAAGAGGUACGGUACUACAGACCCUGGUUUGGGUCAACAUCAACAGUACAAUACCAGCUGUGAGAAAGGAGCACUUUAAAGCAAACCAAGUGGCACAAUUAACAUUUUACAGUGUUAUUCCAUUCUAUGGUGCAGUGCAGUCUUAUUUUAACCAUAAAACAUUGGUGCUGAGGACCCAGGUUGUUAAGGGGUACAGUAUAGGGCAACACUUCACAUAGUUAAGGUGUUAUUCAUGGGGAAUUAGUGGGGAAUAAGUACAAGUAAUUAUACAGCUCUUAGUUGUUUGGUUUUCCCCAAAAAUACCAAAAGGUUUUGAGCUAAAGAUAUGCAUACUGCAUGCACGUCCUAGCCUGUUACUGUAAUUACAUAGCUAGGUUAUUCCACUGGUAUAAGGCAGUGUAUUAGGCUGGUUAUACAAUGUAUCUGCAGGUUGUAAUCAUAUUAUACACUGCGUAUAUUCCCACGGGGGGCCAGUAUGAAAAAAAACAAGAAUAAUGUAUGCACUCACUAACUGUAAGUCGCUCUGGAUAAGAGCGUCUGCUAAAUGACUAAAAAUGUAAAAUGUAUACAAAACAUACUCUUUCCAUGGCAGACUGACCUGGUGAAUCAAGGUAAAAGCUAUGAUCCCUUAUUGAUGUCACUUGUUAAAUCCACUUCAAUCAGUGUAGAUGAGAGGGAGGAGAUGGGUUAAAGAAGGAUUUUUAUGCCUUGAGACAACUGAGAUAUGGAUUGUGUAUGUGUGCCAUUCAGAGGGUGAAUGGGCAAGACAAAAGAUGUAAGUGCCUUUGAGUGGGUGGGGUAGUAGGUGCCAGGCGCACCGGUUUGUGUCAAGAACUGCAACACAGCUGGGGUUUUCACGCUCAACAGUUUCCUGUGUGUAUAAAUAAUGGUCCACCACCCAAAGGACAUCCCAAAUGACUGUGUAUACACCAUGUAUUCUUGAAUUGAUCCAACCAUAGCCAUAACACAGCCGUAGCACAGUGAGUGAUACCUUUCUACUUUGAACAGUCCCCUCCUCUGGUUUCCCUCCUCGCCGGCUGCUCGGCUGCCAUUACAGUCAACCGCAGUUCAAGUUUAGCUUGGUUAGGGAACAGAGGCUCUGCCCCCUUACUCCUCAGAAAAUCUGCUGGAAAUGUGCCUGCUGUUGAAGCUCUCUCUCCCUGUAGAUGUUGGAUGGGAGAUGACUGAACCAUACAGUGGAAUAAUACUGUCAAAUGUUCCUCACACCGCUGUGUCUGGCUCAAAGUGGUCCUUCCUAACUGUUGAUAUUAUGGGAUUUUAGAGAUUUUCAUAAUGGGCUGGAGGGUUGGAAUAACAGGGUUUCAAAGCUACUGGGCUUUGUGAAAUGUAUGUAUUCUCCAACUAGUUUAUGUAGGCACUGAAACUAGAUAUACAAUAUAUUUGGCAGGAUUCAACGGUUAGGCCCACUAAUAUAGGGUACUGUAUUGUGGCAUUGGAAAUAUUUAUUUAUGGUUUCUAUACAGAAGGAGCAGAAGACAGGACAUCAUCCAUGGCAACCCACUGACUCAGUGCAGAGGAUUCAACCUGAAAGGUAUGACAACAUCCAGCCAACGUGCACCAAAUGUCUGAGAAGCUCACAGCUCUGUUGAAUUGGCCAACAGAGGGCAUUGGUGUGCUGACUCAUUUGCUAGUCUAUACCAGCUGUACUCAUUUUACUCUAAAAGGGUCAACAUAGAUUCUGUUGGUUUAUGGGUCAUUUGAGUUCAGGCCCUCUCAUGGUUCAGCAGCCGGUGCAUAGUGUUUUACUGUAUAGUCCCUGUGUGUGUGUGUGUGUGUGUGUGUGUGUGAACAGACUGUACAGAGAUGAUUCACACAGUCAGCUGUCGGCAAGCGGUCUAACAAGGGGAGGAGCUACGGUCCCCAGAGUGCUACAUUCCAGUAUAAGUCUGUGUAAAUGAACAUGUGUCAUGGGACUAAACCAUAUGGUCAUUGGUGCUAAUUAGUGUAUACCCUGUCAUCCAUCCAGCAUGGGGAUGAGCUCAUUGGCUGGGACAUAAACAUCAGAUGACAAUGCUGACAGUUAAAGACCAGGUCAACCAAGCUUGUUCUACAAUACAGAUAUGAAGUGCAUCUCAGUCGGAAUACAAUCUGACAAACAAGCAUGCUUGGGGGAUAAUCUUAACUUGAGUGAAAUGUUCACUUCAUCAUACAUUGAAGUCAAUGGGAGACUAAGUGAAAAGUUAAGUUAGGAUUCUCCUCCUAGUGACUGGGAGGGUUUGGUUGUACUGCAGGUGUCCCUAACCCUCAGGUCAACUUUUGACCCUGACUGUUGAAAGUCUUGGGAUGUACAUCAUCCAGCUGUGUGGUUUAUGUCUGUCAGCGAAUUGAUGUGUGUGUGUGUGAACUGCCCUUGUUUCAGCGUACAGGAACGCGGUGGAGAUUACCCAAUAUGGGGUGAAGAACAACACCACCUUCCUAGAGUGUCUUCCUAAGUCCCCCCAGGCCUCCGUCCGCUGGCUCAUCCACAGAGACAAUGACAGAAGGAAAGAGGUCAGACAACUUCCAGAGUCAACGUUAAUUGAGAAGCUGGGUUGAACCAUAGAAAUCGAAUGAUUCAUUCUAUGUGUUCAACAUCAGAGCUGGCUCAAUUGGUUCAAUUCCGAGGCAUCCUUUUUCCUCAGUCAGUAACACACGGGACAGACUGAGUCCAAAGGCUGUUGGUGGACUAUUACGAUAUCAAACACAUCAUCACAAUCAAAUUAUUGUGUCGAAUGCCUUGAUCUAGUUGGAUCUACACUACCAGUCAAACGUUUGGACACACCUACUCAUUCAAUGGUUUUACUUUAUUUUUUACUAUUUUUUUACAUUGUAGAAUAAUAGUGAAGACAUCAAAACUAUGAAAUAACACAUAUGGAAUCAUGUAGUAAACAGAAAAGUCUUAAACAAAUCAAAAUAUAUUUUAUAUUUGAGAUUCUUCAAAUAGCCACCCUUUGCCUUGAUGAAAGCUUGGCACACUCUUGGCAUUCUUUCAACCAGCUUCAUGAGGUAGUCACCUGGAAUGUAUUUCAAUUGCACUGUCGGAGCUAGAAGCACAAGCAUUUCGCUACACCCGCAAUAACAUCUGCUAAACACGUGUAUGUGACAAAUUUUAUUUUAUUUGAAUUAACAGGUGUGCCUUAAGUUAAUUUGUGGAAUUUCUUUCCUUCUUAAUGUGUUUGAGCCAAUCAGUUGUGUUGUGACAGGGUGGGGUGGGGGGGGGUAUACAGAAGAUAGCCCUAUUUGGUAAAAGACCAAGUCCAUAUUAUGGCAAGAACAUCUCAAAUAAGCAAAGAGAAACGACAGUCCAUCAUUACUGUAAGACAUGAAGGUCAGUCAAUCCAGAACAUUUCAAGAACUUUUAAGAAGUUUCUACAAGUACAGUCACCAAAACCAUCAAGCGCUAUGAUGAAACUGGCUCUCAUGAGGACCGCCACAGAUUGACCCAGAGUUACCUCAGAAAUUGUAGCCCAAAUAAAUGCUUCACAGAGUUGAAGUAACAGACACUUCUCAACAUCAACUGUUCAGAGGAGACUGUGUGAAUCAGGCCUUCAUGGUCGAAUUGCUACAAAGAAACCACUACUAAAGAGACUUCCUUGGGCCAAGAAACAUGAGCAAUGGACAUUAGACCAGUGGAUAUUUGUCCUUUGGUCUGGAGUCCAAAUUGGAGAUUUUUGGUUCCAACCGCUGUUUCUUUGUGAGACGCGAUGUGGGUGAACAGAUGAUCUCCGCAUGUAUAGUUCCCACCGUAAAGCAUGAAGGAGGAGGUGUUAUGGUGUGGGGGUGCUUUGCUGGUGACACUGUCUAUGAUUUAUUUACAAUUCAAGGCACACUUAACCAGCAUGGCUACCACAGCAUUUUGCAGCGAUACGCCAUCCCAUCUGGUUUGGGCUUAGUGGGACUAUCAUUUGUUUUUCAACAGGACAAUGAUCCAGGCUGUGUAAGGGCUAUUUUACUAAGAAGGAGAGUGAUGGAGUGCUGCAUCAGAUGACCUGGCCUCCACAAUCCCCCGUCCUCAACCCAAUUGAGAUGGUUUGGGAUGAGUCUGAUCGCAGAGUGAAGGAAAAGCAGCCAACAAGUGCUCAGCAUAUGUGGGAACUCCUUCAAGACUGUUGGAAAAGCAUUCCAGGUGAAGCUGGUUGAGAUAAUGCCAAGAGUGUGCAUAGCUGUCUUCAAGGCAAAGGGUGGCUACUUUGAAGAAUCUCAAAUAUAUUUGUUUAACACUUUUUUGGUUACUACAUGAGUCCAUAUGUGUUAUUUCAUAGUUUUGAUGUCUUCGCUAUUAUUCUACAAUGUAGAAAAUAGUAAAAAUAAAGAAAAACCCUGGAAUGAGUAGGUGUGUCAACUUUUGACUGGUACUGUAUAUCAAGGCAUUCAACACAAUCAUUCGACUGUGAUGACGUGUUUGAAAUAGCAUCAGACCACUAACAUGUCACGCCUCGGGAUGACAUUGCAAAGUGUUUUAUUGGCGGUGUAACAAGAUAAUGAGUAGUGAUAUACUGUAGAUCAGAUAUGAUAUGGGACCUAAUUAAUGAGUCCAUUCUCAACAGGGGAAACAUUUCACAAAUAACUGACACCCUCUAAAACUGUUACUGCUCCCAAUCAGGCCAUUACAAAUUAUAUGGGGCUGCGCAAAGAGAGCACCUGCUCUUUGAUAAAGAUUAACAUAUUUUACAGAUUUGACAGUUGUUUAUAGCUCAUGCAUAAUAUUUCUAUCAGAGAUUCUAUGAGAAUGAGUAUUCCAGGUGAACUGUUUAAAGACGUCCUCCAGCAAUUUUUGACCUUUUACUAUUGAAAAGCGAUAUCCCCAGUAUACAUACAGUAAAGGACACAUUAAAGGGUAAAAAAAAAUGUGACCGACCGGCUUGAUUCGGUCUUAUGUAGCAAAAUUUGAAAUUGUGUUUUUUACAUUGGAUAAAACACUACAGUUGAGGAACAAUGGGAAAGUAAUUCUGCUUUGAAAGUUGAUAAACUUGUAACCUCACUUUUGAGAAAAUGGCCCUUGAAUGUUUUGGUAUCUACUGGAAAGCUCUUCUUUGUCUACACCCAUUCAGCAUCGUUCACACCCUUUUAAACUUUCGACCCACCCAUCUCUUGAAGGAUUCACAUGUGAGGCUAUGUACUAAACAACCAAGAUUUCAAGAAUAAAGGCUGGUUUAUACUACGGGUGUGUUCGUAAAUGUAAUCUGCCAGAGUGUGCUCUGGGCGUUCGUAAUUUCAGAGCGUUGUCAGAUUGGCCGUUUGUAAAUUCUGAGCGUUUCCCUCUUGGAGCGCACACUGGACACUCUGGCCGAAAAGUAGGGUUGAUCCGAGCGUUCUGACCUAACAACAGCAGUCAAGCACCCAAGCUAACUGGCUAGCGUUGGCUAGCUUGCUAGCUACUUCCAGACACAAAUGAGAGAACAGCUCACUCUGACCAUUUUACUCACCCUAGCAGAGCUGGUUAGGCUGUCUUUAUGUUAUCCGGAGUGUUGGUGACUGCAACGUUUACUGACACCGGCCAUAUUCAACGGGUGUUGAGUGUUCGUAAAUUUGUCAGUUAUUCUGCGCUCUGGCACACUCAGACGAGAGUGCUCUGAAAUCAGAGUAGAUAGCCAGAGCGAAUUCACCAGCUACAUCUAUCGACAGGUGUCGCAGUGACAUCAUAAACAUUCUAUGGAAAUAGUUACUUGCAUAGUGGAGUCUUGUUUAGACAUGUAGCUAGCUAGCUAAACAAUUAACCAUUAUCCCAACUCAUAACAUUACUACCCUGCAUUAAUCUGCAGGUAGCUAACCAACCAGGUUCAAUGUUAGCUAGCUAACAUUAGGCUAUAACUAGUAAUGCAAAUGGCUCUGAGAUACGAAUAAUAUUACUACACAGAUCAUACAUGUAACAUUAGCUAGCUAGCCAGCUAACUUUAGCUAGCUAGCUAACAGUACACUUUAACUUCCGGAGCUUUCUGUGUUCUCUUUUCGACUCCGUCUGCAUAUUUGCAAUCAAACGCCACAAUUUUCUCCAUCUCCUUAGCUAUCAUACUCUAAUUCCACUGAUUUUCAAAACUCGGUCCUCCAGAAAGUGGAGAGCAACACUUAUGCAGUUCUACUACGUGAUAUCUUUCAAAAAGUCCCCUGUAGCUCAGUUGGUAGAGCAUGGCGCUUGCAACGCCAGGUUUGUGCGUUCGUUUCCCAUGGGGGGCCAGUAUGAAAAUGUAUGCACUCACUAACUGUAAGUCGCUCUGGAUAAGAGUGUCUGCUAAAUGACUAAAAUGUAAAAAAGCCACUUUAGAAAGGAUUACCAACAGUGAGGGAAAAAAGUAUUUGAUCCCCUACUGAUUUUGUACGUUUGCCCACUGACAAAGACAUGAUCAGUCUAUAAUUUUAAUGGUAGGUUUAUUUGAACAGUGAGAGACAGAAUAACAACAAAAAAAUCCAGAAAAACGCAUGUCAAAAAUGUUAUAAAUUGAUUUGCAUUUUAAUGAGGGAAAUAAGUAUUUCACCCCUCUGCAAAACAUGACUUAGUACUUGGUGGCAAAACCCAUGUUGGCAAUCACAGAGGUCAGCAGUUUCUUGUAGUUGGCCACCAGGUUUGCACACAUCUCAGGAGGGAUUUUGUUCCACUCCUCUUUGCAGAUCUUCUCCAAGUCAUUAAGGUUUCGAGGCUGACGUUUGGCAACUCAAACCUUCAGCUCCCUCCACAGAUGUUCUAUGGGAUUAAGGUCUGGAGACUGGCAAGGCCACUCCAGGACCUUAAUGUGCUUCUUCUUGAGCCACUCCUUUGUUGCCUUGGCCGUGUGUUUUGGGUCAUUGUCAUGCUGGAAUACCCAUCCACGACCCAUUUUCAAUGCCCUGGCUGUAGGAUGGAGGUUCUCACCCAAAAUUUGACGGUACAUGGCCCCGUCCAUCGUCCCUUUGAUGCGGUGAAGUUGUCCUGUCCCCUUAGCAGAAAAACACCCCCAAAGCAUAAUGUUUCCACCUCCAUGUUUGACGGUGGGGCAGCAUUCCUUCUCCUACAAACACGGCGAGUUGAGUUGAUGCCAAAGAGCUCGAUUUUGGUCUCAUCUGACCACAACACUUUCACCCAGUUCUCCUCUGAAUCAUUCAGAUGUUCAUUGGCAAACUUCAGACGGCCCUGUUUUUUGUGCUGUCUUGAGCAGGGGGACCUUGCGGGCGCUGCAGGAUUUCAGUCCUUCACGGCGUAGUGCGUUACCAAUUGUUUUCUUGGUGACUAUGGUCCCAGCUGCCUUGAGAUCAUUGACAAGAUCCUCCCGUGUAGUUCUGGGCUGAUUCCUCACCGUUCUCAUGAUCAUUGCAACUCCACGAGGUGAGAUCUUGCAUGGAGCCCCAGGCCGAGGGAGAUUGACAGGUCUUUUGUGUUUCUUCCAUUUGCGAAUAAUCACACCAACUGUUGUCACCUUCUCACCAAGCUGCUUGGCGAUGGUCUUGUAGCCCAUUCCAGCCUUGUGUAGGUCUGCAAUCUUGUCCCUGACAUCCUUGGAGAGCUCUUUGGUCUUGGCCAUGGUGGAGAGUUUGGAAUCUGAUUGAUUGAUUGCUUCUGUGGACAGGUGUCUUUUAUACAGGUAACAAGCUGAGAUUAGGAGCACUCCCUUUAAGAGUGUGCUCCUAAUCUCAGCUCGUUACCUGUAUAAAAGACACCUGGGAGCCAGAAAUCUUUCUGAUUGAGAGGGGGUCAAAUACUUAUUUCCCUCAUUAAAAUGCUAAUCAAUUUAUAACAUUUUUGACAUGCGUUUUUCUGGAUUUUUUUGUUGUUAUUCUGUCUUUCACUGUUCAAAUAAACCUACCAUUAAAAUGAUAGACUGAUCAUUUCUUUGUCAGUGGGCAAACGUACAAAAUCAGCAGGGGAUCAAAUACUUUUUUUCCCUCACUGUACACAAACUGACCAGCUCAUAUUAUAGACAGAAGCUGUUACAUGGUAGACCAAUCCGAACUCAUCUCUCGGCAUGUCCAGCCCACUCAUUAUCUCUGCCAAUCAUGGCUAGCGGGAAGGUUGCUGUCUUUUUCCAUGGCUAAACCAACUAGGCUUGUAAUUAUUACUUUUUUUUAUUCGUAUUUACAGAUGGCAUACAACUUUGUUAUGAAGGCACAUGAAAGUUCACAUACAGUAAAUCCAGUGUUCAAUUAGGUGAAAAGGAGACUGGAGUGCCACUUUAAGUCGAUUUGUCUUGGCUCGAUUUACUUGACUAUAGAUCAUGGUGUGGUAUAAUGUGUUAUGAUAUAGGUAAUUUAAGACCAUGCUGCUGACACCUCUCUUUCCCCCUUCCAGGUGAAGCUGGGUGACCGUUUGGUCACCACUGACCAUGGCCUGCUCAUCCGCUCCGUCCAGCUGUCCGACCAGGGCCUGUACUACUGCCUGGCCACGGAGAACACCUUCAAGCGCACCGUGGCCAAGAUCCGCCUGCGUGUCCUGAGUGAGGCCAUGGUGUCGGUGCUGAUGGACAAGCAGCAGUCUCCCUGGGCCUGGGCCAGCACCCUGCACCCCAAGGCUCUGCUCUCAGCUUUCAGCCCUGCAGAGAGCCUGGCCAUACAGCAGUACUGUAAGGAGAGGAAGCAGCUCCAGAGCCUGCAGGGGGCCCAGCAGCAGGGGCCGAGGGGAGGGCCUCCUCUCCGGGGAGACAUGGCCAAGCUCAAGCCCCUGCUAGACCGCAGGAAGAGCCGCAACCGCAGGAACCACCUGGAACUGCCUGAUGAUGUCUGA